AUGAAAACACUAUAUGGCUUUGGCGGGGCAAACUUGGCCUUAGCCUGGUCAGCCGCUGCUACGACUAAGUAUGUGAUCAGUUUCGGAGAUUCAUACACGUCCACCACCUUUAAUAUCACCGGCACCAAGCCCUCCGCUGCGAACCCGCUGGGAAACCCUCCCUAUCCGGGGUGGACCGCGUCUGGAGGAACCAACUGGAUCUCUGACAUCGUUGCCAAAUACAACAAUUCCCUGCUCCUGAGCUACAAUCUCGCCUAUGGAGGAGCUACAGUCAAUGCUUCGCUCGUUGCGCCGUAUCUCCCGACGGUAUAUUCCAUCAUUGAUCAGGUAGACGAGUUUCAGGACUAUUUAUCCCCACCACCUUCUUGGGCACCAUGGGAUGCGAAGAACACUCUUUUUGCAGUUUGGAUAGGCGUCAACGACGUAGCAGGAUCCUGGUACCAAACCAGCGCCGCCGCCUUGGAAAGGCAGAUUUUGGAUCAACUCUUCGAGCAAAUUGAGCAUGUGUAUCGGGAUGGCGCCCGUAAUUUUGCCCUCUUGACUGUCCCUCCGAUCGAACGCACGCCGAACAUCAUGCAAGGGUCGGAUCCGGAUUACACGAUCCCUCGCCUGAAAGCUGCCAUUGAGCACUGGAACACAAUCCUCGUCGAGAAAGCCGAGGCACUCGCACAAACCCAUCACGACGCCAUCGUCAAGGUCGUUGACACACAGCCGGUUUUCAACAAUAUCCUGGACAACGGCGGAGCAGCGGCGGAGUGUUGGAAUUCCGACGGCGUGACGUGUCUAUGGUUCAACGACUUUCAUCCGGGGAUUGUGAUCCAAGAUGCUGUGGCUCAGGCGGUCGCAUUUGCGUGGAAGGGAAGCUUCUUUACUUGA